ACAUAUAUACUAUAUUCUUCUCUCAUUCUAACUGCACAUUAUUCAAUAAAGCACAUCAAUCUUCUUCUUCUUCCAUCUCUUUUUCUCUCUUCAGCAAUCAGCUCAUCGCCGAAGAACUUCUCAGAAUCAAACUCUUCGCUGUGCAUGCGCAUAGUUUGUGUCACCCUCCAAGGUGUGCUAGGCCUUUCAAGCGAAGAAUUACCUGCCAAUGGAAGUGGAAUGUUGUGUCCCACCAGGGUUUAGGUUUCAUCCCACAGAAGAAGAGCUUGUGGGAUAUUACCUUACAAGAAAAAUUACUUCACAAAAGAUUGACCUAGGAGUCAUCAAUGACAUUGACCUCUACAGAAUAGAGCCAUGGGAUCUCCAAGAAAGAUGCAAGCAUGGCUAUGAGGAGCAAAAUGAAUGGUACUUCUUCAGCCAUAAAGAUAAGAAGUAUCCUAGCGGUACUCGAACUAAUAGGGCAACUAAUGCGGGAUUCUGGAAGGCGACAGGGCGAGAUAAGGCUGUGCUUUCUAAAUCUAAAGUAAUAGGGAUGAGGAAGACGCUCGUGUUCUACGAGGGUCGAGCACCAAAUGGAAGGAAGAGCGACUGGAUCAUGCAUGAAUAUCGCCUGCAGUCGGGUGAACAUGCCCCUCCUCAGGAAGAAGGAUGGGUCGUAUGCCGAGCUUUCAAAAAGCCAACUCCAAACCCAAGGCCAAUCUACAAUACUUACAGUAGUCCUUACUACGUUAGAGACCAUGAUUACAUGCUUGAACAACUUCAAGAAGUUACUCGGCCUACACGCAUCAUGGAAUCAAAUCCAGGAGCCAAUUUUUAUGAAUCUGCUCUUGGAUUAGUCGAAAAUGAGCCUAAGCUACCUUGUGGCAUCUUUGAGAUUCCUCGGCUAGAUAGCCCUAGUAUGUCCACAAAUUUGGCCAAUAGUUCUGACUGCUUUGAUGCUAGUUCAAUGACUAACAAAGGGGAACAUAUCGGCGAAAAAUAUGACGCAAGGGCACAAUUUGUUGAUUGGAAAGUCCUGGAUAAGUUACUUGCAUCUCAAUUAAGUGAAUCGGCAUCAGGCUCAAAUUCAAAUUUACCAAUGGCUCCUCUUGAAUAUGAUAUAAAUGAUCCUAACCAAGAUGAUGAUCAGUUCCUUGCCUCAUUUCGUAGUUAAAAUCGAAAUAACAAUGGCAAGGGAGUUGUGACACCAUGCACUAAAAUUCCUCGUCAAGAAGAACUAAUUUCCGGUUAAAUUUUGGACUUGACAGGUUAACCAGUUUUUUUCCCCUUUUGUUAUGUCCUUUUUCCUGUAAUUUCCAAUAUAUGUAUUAUCCAUAGUAGAAAAGGAAAAAACAAAUAAACUUCAUUUCCUUAUUAUAACA